GGCAACUUCCUCACUUUGACCCAAGCGCUUGACAAAUAUUCAGCCGAUGGAAUGUGCUUGGCUCUAGCUGAUGCUGGUGACACUGUUGAAGAUGCUAACUUUAUGGAAACCAUGGCAGAUGCAGGUAUUCUCCGUCUGUACACCUGGGUGGAAUGGGUGAAAGAAAUGGUUGCCAACUGGGAUAGCCUAAGAAGUGGUCCUACCAACAGCUUCAAUGAUAGAGUUUUUGCCAGUGAAAUGAAUGCAGGCAUUAUAAAAACAGAUCAAAACUAUGGAAAGAUGAUGUUUAAAGAAGCUUUGAAAACAGUUUUUGAGUUUCAGGCUGCGAAAGAUAAUUACCAUGAAUUGGCCAUAGAAGGGAUGCACCAAGACCUUGUGUUCUGGUUUAUUGAAGUUCAGACACUUCUCUUGGCUCCAUUCUGUCCUCAUUUGUGUGAGCACACCUGGACACUCCUGGGAAAGCCCAACUCAGUUAUGAAUGCUUCAUGGCCUCUGGCAGGUCCUGUGGAUGAAAGCUUGAUAUGCUCCUCACAGUAUCUCAUGGAAGUAGCACAUGACCUUAGACUGCGACUCAAGAACUAUAUGAUACCAGCUAAAGGGAAGAAGACUGACAAGCAGCCCCCUCAGAAGCCUUCACAUUGCACCAUCUAUGUGGCAAAGAACUAUCCAUCUUGGCAACAUAUCACCCUGUCAGUUCUACGUAAUCACUUUGAGACCAACAGUGGAAAAUUGCCUGAUAACAAAGAUGCUAAUGAACUAGGCAAUUUGCCAGAAUUGAAGAAAUACAUGAAGAAAGUGAUGCCAUUUGUCACCAUGAUUAAGGAAAAUCUGGAGAAGAUGGGACCUCGUGUUCUGGAUUUGCAAUUAGAAUUUGAAGAACAGGCAGUGCUCAUGGAGAAUAUAGUCUAUCUGACCAAUUCCCUUGAGCUAGAACACACAGAAGUCAAGUGUGCCUCUAAAGCAGAUAAAGUCAGGGAAGACUGCUGUUCUGGGAAACCACUUAAUGUUUUUAGAACAGAACCUGGUGUAUCAGUUUCCCUAGUGAAUUCUCAGCCAUUCAAUGGCCACUUCUCAACCAAAAUUGAAAUCAGGCAAGGAGAUAACCGUGAUUCUAUAAUCCGGCGUUUAAUGAAAGUGGACCGAGGAAUCAAAGACCUUUCCAAAGUGAAACUGAUGAGAUUUGACGAUCCACUGUUGGGGCCUUGGCAAGUUCCUGUCCUGGGAAAAGAGCAUGCUGAGGAGACCCCCAUUUCUGAGCAUGCUGUUUUCCACGUGGACCCCACGAGCAAGAAAAUUCAUCUUAUUGAAAAUGGGCUACGGGCAGAUAUUGGUGAUACAAUGAUCAAUCUGGUUCAUUAA